AUGAAAGAAAUGAUCAAUCUGAAUGAAACUACAGGGGGCCAGGUGACUGAAUUCAUUCUCAUGGGCAUCACAAGCAGUCCUGAGCUACAGGGCCCUCUGUUUGUUGUGUUUUUCCUCAACUAUAUGGCAACAUGUCUGGGCAAUCUAGGCCUGAUCAUCCUAACCAGUGUUGACUCCAAGCUCCAAACUCCCAUGUACUUUUUUCUCAGGCAUCUAGCAUUUGUUGAUCUUGGCUACUCCACGGCUAUUGGGCCAAAAAUGCUGGUUAGUUUCACAGAGGAAAAAAAUAUCAUUUCUUAUACUGGAUGUGCAAUACAGCUAGUUUUCUUUAUUAUAUUUAUUACCAGUGAACUUUUUAUCCUGUCAGCCAUGGCCUAUGACCGUUAUGUUGCUAUCUGUAAGCCCUUCCACUAUAUUAUCAUCAUGUCCAGAAAAGUAUGUUGGGCCUUGGUGGCCAUCUCAUACUUCUAUAGCAUCAUGGUUUCUCUACUGAUCUCAAUAAAGAUUUUUAAAUUGUCUUUUUGCAAAUCAAAUAUAAUAAGACAUUUCUAUUGUGAUGGUCUCCCCCUAUUGUCCAUUGCAUGCUCAUACACAAAUGAAAUAGAACUAAAUAUCAUGGUCUUUGCUGCACUUAAUUUUGUUUCUUCCCUCUCAAUUAUCCUUGUGUCCUAUACGCUCAUUCUUGUGGCCAUCUUCAGGAUGAACUCUGCUGAGGGUAGGUACAAAGCUUUUUCAACUUUUGGAUCUCACCUUACAGGGGUUGUUAUAUUUUAUGGGACACUUCUUUUUAUGUACCUCCAACCCCAAUCUAGCCAUUCCUUUGACACAGAUAAGAUGGCCUCUGUCUUUUACACUCUGGUCAUCCCCAUGCUCAACCCUUUGAUCUAUAGCUUGAGGAACCAAGAAGUGAAAAGUGCUUUGAGAAGACUCUUUAAAAGAUUAUGUAAACCUUCUCCUUAA